AAGUAUUGGGAGUCAAGAAAUCAGAUCUUCAACUAGACAAAGGUUCCAAAUCACGCUAUAAAGUUUUACUACUUUCAAAAGAUUGUGGCUUGUCAGUUCAAACUGUGAUAGAUAAACUUAAGGGAGAGAUUGAAUAAAUUGCUAAAAAUGAUACAACUUCAUAAGUGGGCAAAUGCUAUAAUGAAAUCAUUCAAACAAAAUCCAAUGACUCAUCUUAGAUUUAUUUCAACUAAGAAAUAUCGUCCUGGACAUCUUUAUAGAAAUGAGAGUUUAAGAAAAUCCCCUGAAAAUAUCACUACAUACAAAGUCUAUCAAACCCAGCCUGUAAAAAUUAAUGUAAGUGCUGAAAGGAAAAAACAAGACCUUAUUUCUGUAGUGAAAUUGGAACCAAAAGGCGUCAGUUCACAGGUGUUUAAAUUAUCACAAAUGAGGACAAGAGAGUCUGAAUGGAACACUGAGGGCUCAUUUUCAAUUGAUAAGGCACCUGUUUGGUUUUCAAAAAUACAUCAAGAUCUGAUUAAAUAUGUCAAGUUUCCAGUAGCUUCUACAGGUCACAAAGAUUACAAUCUAUGGACAUUGCAGCUGAUGACAACCUCAGAGCUCAUGUCCAUGGCUCAGGGAGCUAAAGCUGGAGAUAAUGAUACAAAAAAUGUAAUCACAGCCCUGUGGAGGCGUCUGGAUGCUAUGAGUAUGGAAGAACGGUUGACAGUAGCAGAUAUAUUCUAUCUCAAUAAUAUACCUUCCAAGAACUAUUACAGUGCACUGUUCACAUAUGUGGAUGAGAUGCUUGAAUAUCUUGAGUUCACGCCAUUACAGAUAGCUCGCCUUGCAUUUCACAUCAAAGUCCAUGGAGACGCUCCUAAGACAUUAUAUCUUACCACUGAAGAACUGAUGCUGAAAAAUUUAUCAAAUUUUGAUAUGAAUCUGAUUGCUAUUAUUUGUCACUUGUUUUUUAUUGGGCAGAAUCGGCUGCAGUGUUUCCAGCUUUUAGACCGAAUUGCUACCAGACUUUUAGAUGAUUUUAAAACUGUGAAUCAUCAUUAUCUACCAUUGUUAAUGAAAAUGCUGAGAUAUUCUAAUUACAUUAAUAUUAGCUUUUAUAAAACAUUAGGCGACAAGGUGAUAGAGAUGAAUGUUUUUCAGAGUUUUAAUUCCAUGAGUAGCAUCAUGCACUUUGCUUUUACAUAUGCUUCUGUUCGCAUCACUCAUCCAGACAUUUUUACUCAAAUCUUAUUUCGCUGUGAUAAAAUGGAGCAUAGGGCUAGAAUCAAAGAUAUUGCCAAAAUUGUCUGGGCCUGUGGCACGCUUGUUACUGAUCACCCUGAGCACCUUAAGCUCAUUCAAACGAUUCUAAAUAAAGUCAAGAGAAAAUUAUCACUAGAUGAGGUGUGGAGGUACCCUGAUAACCUGGUGGAUUUUUUGAUGGGCUUAGCACUGCUGAACAUUUACCCAGUGGAGCUGUACAACAAAUUAUUUCAUCCUGAAACAAUCAAAAUGAUUUUUGGACUGAAGUCCGACAGAGAUAAGAUAAUGCAGUUACAAUUUUUUGACCAAAGUCUCCUGAUAGAAUGUCCUCAUUAUUCUGGAAAUACUCUUACUGAGUCAGAUAGAAUACACAUGCUAAAACAACUAAAAUUUAUUUCCUUGGAAGUGGAUUUGAAACUAAGAACUAGUGUGACUCCUGCAAUGAAAGCUUUACAGAGUUGGCUUGGAGAUAAAUUUGUCCACUGUACAUUUGUUCUUCCACAUUUUAAAACAGCAGAUCUUGUAGUUGUUUAUGACAAGAAACAAAAGUGCUUCAUUGAGCCUACUAGUGUACUUCUGCCUUCAUCCAUAUCUGAACUGAACAAACUUGAUACUGAAAAUAUUGAAAGAGUUGUCCUCCAGCUACUAAGUAAAGCACAGACCACAUAUGACAACAAACCAUUGGGUAUGCUGCAUUGUAAGACAAGACAGCUGCAGGCUCUGGGCUACAAGGUUAUUUUAGUUGCAGCAGAAGAAGCUGAGACGUAUUCUUUGAUUGGCCAGGAAGCAACUCAACAGUUACUUUUGUCUCAUUUAUCUUCUUUGCUUGGGGUGACUUUGAAGUGAAAUAAAAUUGUUGUUUUA